AUGCAGUAUUGUGAAGUUACACCAAAAUUACUACGCGGCAUAGUACACCUAGAGACGGUGACAAGGUUCAGCGGAGGAGAGUUGGAAUAUAAUGACUCUCACAAGUGUUUGUUUAUUCGAGAAGAAAAAUCAGAGAUUAAACUUCUUAUAAAACCGCUCUACAGCUACGAACUCGUCCCAGACUGUAAGUUACACUCGUCAGUUUGCUACGACAUCAAAGUUUUACUUGAAACUCCGGGAAACGAGCAUACUAAAAUUGAUUUUAUAGAAGAAGAUUGUGAUUACACCUAUAGAGCACCAACGGAACUGCUUCAUGGGUUCACAAAAGGGAAAGAAUUAGACACAGGACGAGUAAUUUGUCCUACAGAAAAGGAAAAUAACUGGACAAAGGCCCACUUUAGCUGCAAAAAUUUGAAUAUAAAGUGUGUUAGACUACUCUCUAUCGAGGUUAAAGCAGUCAACGACUACCAAGUUUUGUCCUGGAGGCUUGGAAUCGAGUUUGACAAGUCACUCACAUACGUUGAUUUAAAACUCUCCACACUAUCCAUAGACGCGGAAGUCGCCCUUUUGAAUGAUAAUAAAAAGGUUACACUGCUCUGUAAAAAUUGUAAGGGGCUCAUUUCUAUUUUGGCUGACUUUAGGGCACUAGCUACACCCUCGGAUUUUUUUACCGAGUCCAUCGGUUCCGCAUACUGUGAGGAGUGCCAAGACGACCUACCAUGUAACAAAGUAUGCAUGCCAAAUAGGAAUGAUCUGAUUUAUGUGGGAUACGAUUCGAUUACAUUUUACAAGACAGACGAUAUCAAGACCGUUGAGGAUAAAAGUUGCUGCAAACACUGUAAUAAAGAGCUCGGAAAAUUAGAUCCAAAGGUAGAGGGGUGUAUAUCUCUGCCAAAGAAUAAUGUCAUUGGUAUAAGUGGCGACUAUGAUGUGUUUUGGCGUUAUUCAAAAGGUAUAGAAUUUAUAGAGAGACUCCAAUUGAAUACAAACUUGAAAAUUUCGCUACAUGAUAUUGAUAACGAGAGAAAAGUUGUUCAAAUUAUUAAAGCCUCAAGGAUUCCGGACACAUUUAUCUUUAUUGAUAACAAUCCAGUAGUUACUUUGCGUGUACUCUGGAAGACCUUGAACAGGGCACCGGAAGAUUCCAUACAAGUGGUGUCGGAUAUAUAUCAUCAUAUUUUCACCAUUUUGUCUCUCUUUUCUCAGUCCAAGGCCAAAGAAACGGAUUUGAUACCAUCUCUACUUCCAGCUCUAUAG